AUGGCCACGUCGGUGGAGGAGGCCAUGGAGAGCUACGUGUACCCCUCCUACAACCCGUACUCCUACCGCUACCCGCCGCCCAAGGGGAAGGGGCCGGGCCCCUGGCGGCAGCGGGGCAGCUACUUCUCCGGCUACGGCGAGAGCGCGGCGGUGGCGGCGGCGGCGGCGGCCGAGUACUUCGACAACUACCAGCGGGCGCAGCUGAAGGCCAUCCUGUCGCAGGUGAACCCCCACCUGACGCCGCGGCUGCGCAGGGCCAACACCAAGGAGAUGGGCGUGCAGGUGAACCCGCGCCAGGACGCCUCGGUGCAGUGCUCGCUGGGGCCGCGGCCGCUGCUGCGCCGUCGGGGCGCGCCGCCCGAGCAAGAGCUGGGCAGCCCGGUCAGCCACGUGGCCGCGCGCAGCGUCCGCUUCCCGCGCACCCUCGCCGUCUACUCGCCCGUGGCCUCCCGCCGCCUCACCACCUUCCUGGAGGAGCCCGAGACCCCCGAGGAGGCGGCGGCGGCGGCGGCGGCAAAGCCCCCCCGGGAAGCCGCCGACAAGGAGGGCGCCGCCGCCGCCGCCGCCGCCCGCGCCAGCUGGGAGAAGCCGUCGGGGGGCCCCGCCGAGCCGCAGGAGCAGCGCCCGGCCCCCAAAGCGGAGGGCAGCGAGGGGCCGCCGCGCCCCGACGGGCAGGAGGCGCCCCGGGAGGAGAAGGGCGAGGCCGCGACGGGCAAAGGGCCGCAGGACCCGCUGCCGCCGUCGGCGCGGGAGGAGGCGGAGCAGAGCAAGACCCGCGUGCGCUUCCAGUUCCUAGAGCAGAAAUACGGCUACUACCACUGCAAGGAAUGCAACAUCCGCUGGGAGAGUGCUUAUGUGUGGUGUGUACAGGGCACUAACAAGGUUUAUUUUCGGCAGUUCUGUCGAACUUGCCAGAAGUCAUACAAUCCCUACCGUGUGGAGGAUAUCACCUGCCAAAGCUGCAAGCAGAAACGGUGCACUUGCCCUGUGAAGCUACGCCAUGUCGAUCCCAAGAAACCUCACCGUCAGGAUCUCUGUGGAAGAUGCAAAGGCAAACGUCUCUCGUGCGAUAGCACAUUUAGUUUCAAAUACAUUAUUUGAGCAGGGGA